GUUGACUCUCAGACGCUCAACAGGUGCGCAACUCUGCUAACGCAGUAGGCUGUCCUGGCCAAAGGGUGGUGCUGUGAGUCGCCUCCAGCCUCCGGGCGAUCCCGAAAGCUGCACCUUCUCCCCCUGAGCUGCAGAGGGCGCGCGUGAGGCAUCGGGCGCUCAGGACCCCGCGGGAGCUCAGCGAGGGGCGGGCGGCCACGGAGUGAGGCCGGGGCGGGGUCGGGUGUGGGGCGGACGUGGGGCGGGGUUGGCCGGGGCCAAAAGCAGGGUGCAGGGCAGGCGUGGGGCGGGGCCGGGCGCGGAGCGCGGGGCGGGGCCGGGCUGCUGGUAGCCUGCCUGCCGCAGUCCGAGCUCCGCGCUGGGAAGAGCGGGUGUUUGAAGGCUCCGCGGACCGGCACUAGGAGCCGAGGGCGGGUCCGUGACCCUCCGGCUGCUCGGAGCGAACAGGCGGCCAGGAAAGAAGCGGGCCUAAACACCAUGAUCCCUUUGGAGAAGCCAGGCAGCGGCGGCUCCUCCCCAGGCGCCACCUCAGGCUCGGGCCGGGCCGGCCGGGGUCUGAGCGGGCCGUGCCGGCCGCCGCCGCCGCCCCAGGCCCGCGGGCUGCUGACAGAGAUCCGCGCCGCGGUGCGCACCGAGCCCUUCCAGGACGGCUACAGCCUGUGCCCGGGCCGGGAGCUGGGCAGGGGGAAAUUUGCAGUGGUGAGAAAAUGUAUAAAGAAAGAUUCUGGGAAAGAAUUUGCUGCAAAAUUCAUGAGAAAAAGAAGAAAAGGCCAAGACUGUCGGGUGGAAAUAAUUCAUGAGAUUGCUGUACUUGAGCUAGCACAGGACAAUCCUUGGGUCAUUAAUUUACAUGAAGUUUAUGAGACUGCAUCAGAAAUGAUCUUAGUUCUGGAAUAUGCUGCUGGGGGUGAAAUCUUUGACCAGUGUGUUGCAGACAGAGAAGAAGCCUUUAAAGAAAAAGAUGUUCAAAGACUUAUGCGACAGAUUUUAGAAGGUGUUCACUUUUUACACACUCGUGAUGUAGUUCAUCUUGAUUUGAAGCCUCAGAAUAUUCUGUUGACAAGCGAAUCUCCACUGGGUGACAUUAAGAUUGUUGAUUUUGGCCUUUCAAGAAUAUUGAAGAACAGUGAAGAGCUCCGAGAAAUUAUGGGUACCCCUGAAUAUGUGGCUCCUGAAAUUCUUAGUUAUGAUCCUAUAAGCAUGGCAACAGAUAUGUGGAGCAUUGGAGUGUUAACAUAUGUCAUGCUUACAGGAAUAUCACCUUUCUUAGGCAACGAUAAACAAGAAACAUUCUUAAACAUCUCACAGAUGAAUUUAAGUUAUUCUGAAGAAGAAUUUGAUGUUUUGUCUGAGUCGGCUGUUGAUUUCAUCAGGACACUUUUAGUUAAGAAACCUGAAGAUCGAGCCACUGCUGAAGAAUGUCUAAAGCACCCCUGGUUGACACAGAGCAGUAUUCAAGAGCCUUCUUUCAGGAUGGAAAAGGCACAAGAAGAAGCAAAUGCCCUCCAAGAAGGUCAUUCUGUGCCUGAAAUUAAUUCAGAUACCGACAAAUCAGAAACCGAAGAAUCCAUUGUAACCGAAGAGUUAAUUGUAGUUACUUCAUAUACUCUAGGACAAUGCAGACAGUCUGAAAAAGAGAAAAUGGAGCAAAAGGCCAUUUCCAAACGAUUUAAAUUUGAGGAACCUUUGCUACAAGAAAUUCCAGGAGAAUUUAUCUACUGAGCAGUAUUUCCCUUUAGAACUUUAAGAUUUCUACAUUGAAAAUGUUAAUAUUAUUUAUGGACCGCUGGCCAAAUGGUACAUGUACUGGAAGUGGAUAACCAGUAUCACUUACACAAACAAAAAUAACUUUGUCAAAUUUGUGGAGUUAGGUGGAAGCCAGAUUUUAAAAGUUGCCAACCAGGAGAUUUAACAGGUACAGUUACCCGUUUCAAUGUUAUUUUUAAGAAGGGAGAUGUUGGCACCUUUUAAUUCUACAUCCUAUUUCUCCAGAAUGAGAAUUUGUGUACAAAGAUAUUUGUAUUCACUUUCUUUAAAAAAUCCAAGUAAAAGUGCCAAAACUACA